AUGGAGGAGAUGUCAGCGUGGUCCGGCAUGGGCCAGGCGAACGGCGAUGCGGUCGAUGCCAAGGAGAGAACAGCCCACGCAUUGACUGCCCUUCCCCUCAAGAUGGGCCGCUUAUUAUCACCUAUUCGCCGUACUACGAGAAUAGUUUCCGGCGACGGAAUGCUGGGUUUCAUUGUUUAUGCGGUUCUCUUCGCCGGCCUCUUCAACAGCUCAACAAACUCAAUGCAGUUCGGGAAGAUGAUCCUCGUAGCCAUACAUGCAGAUAAGUUCUCCGAGGACGCGUACCACGAGCUCAACCGCGAUUUGAUCAGAUUUAUCGCGGUGAUUGCGCUAUCCGUUAUUUGCAUAGUCCAGUUCUUCUCCCCCAUAGCGGGGAGAAGGCUGAACAACCUGGCAGCUGUGGUCAAGAUCCUGUUUGUCCUGCUCUUGAUCAUCUUUGGUUUGGUCGCUGUUGUUGUCGGCAAGCAACAGAACCAUUUCACUGACUGGAAUGAAGAGAACUGCAUGUUCAGUAACUUGACGUAUAGCAUUUUUCCGAGACAUACCUAUUGCUGCUUCAAAAAGAAUGCCGAAGAUGCUCUCAAAGACGACACAUGUUUCUCGGAUCUCAUGGUCAACGGUAUCUCCGUACUGGACGCCGACAACAAUUUUGAAAAGAAAGUCUCAAGCGGCAACCCGUGGGUCUGGGCUAAAGCCCUGCUCUUGGUGCUGUUUAGUUAUCAGGGAUGGGAAAAUGCAACUUUUCUCGAGGCAUUUUCAUAUGACAAGCAUUUGGAGAUGGCUGUUACCCCUCAACUAUGCAUCAUACGUAUAUCCCCAUAUUCUAGCCAGCUCAGUGUUAUCGCUGAUCGUCGUCACUGUCUACAAGUCAAACAAGCCAUCGGCCAGGCGAAUCUCCUUCCAUGGUCCAACACCUGGAAGAAGAGUCAUAUCCUUUCCAAGGAGAACAGAGAUGACGAUAUCUUGAACAAAUCCCCCCAGGGCGGUCUGAUAUUCCACUGGCUGAUGAGCGUCGCCUUCAUCGCCGCGGUCUGCAGCAUCGAUGCCACGACGGAGUCGAUCUCCAUGCCGGGAUAUUAUCAGGCCUAUGCGCACUCAUUCGUCCUCUUGAUAAUGGCAGCCCUCUUCCCCCGCCUCGGCGGCCGCGCCGAGGCGCUCCAGCGCGAGAUGCCAGACCACGUUCUCCAGCUGUGGCAGCCCACGGGCGUCGGCCUGGCCAUAUCAACAGUGGUGCUGCUCGCGUACGCCGCGCUGAACGCCGCCAUCCUCGUGGUGGUGCCCCGGGUCUCCCUCACGUCCGACGACAAGGGCCACGGCCUGCCCGGCCACUACUACGCGACCGUCGUCUUCAGCCUGGUGGGCCUCGCGCUGGCAUACUACGUCUCCGUGACCGGCGGUGCGGCGACCGAGCACGUCGAGCGGCGGCCCAUGAGCGGCGGCGGCGGCGGCAGCGAGCCCGUCGUCGUCGGCCGGGUCGAGGGCCUGUGGGGGUCCAGGGGCUACAGUCUUCUAACCCUCGCGGGUGUGCGGUGCCGCAUCCAAAAGGAUCUUGUAUAUGACACCGAGAUGGAGCGUGUCAGACACUAUGGGCGUCGGUGGCGCGCUGUCUAUAUCCUGCGGGAGGACCUCCGGGCCAAGGUCCCAGGUGACAGAGCAUCUCUCAACAUGCUGUACUGGCUCUUUGGGGGCCAGUGGUAUUUCCAGCAUCCCGAGACUGACACUCCUUGGGAGCGGUUUCUAAACUGGCUGCCUGGCUAG